ACAUGAAAAGGCACUGCUUGGCUGUUUUGCAUAAAAGGCGUGGCUUCCUUCAGUGAGGCUGUUUGGAAGUCAGUGGAGCUGCUUUGCAUAAAGGGCGUGGCUUCCAUCAGGGAAGCUGUUUGGAAGUCAGUGGAGCUGCUUUGCAUAAAGGGCGUGGCUUCCAUCAGGGAGGCUGUUUGGAAGUCAGUGGAGCUGCUUUGCAUAAAGGGCGUGGCUUCCAUCAGGGAAGCUGUUUGGAAGUCAGUGGUGCUGCUUUGCAUAAAGGGCGUGGCUUCCAUCGGGGAGGCUGUUUGGAAGUCAGUGGAGCUGCUUUGCAUAAAGGGCGUAUUUUCGAAUGCACUGCGGGGAGGGAAUGUGUGGUUUUGCAUAAAGAGGCGUGGCUUCGAAUGCUGUGCUUCGCAGAAGGGGCGUGGCUUCCACGACACUGCAAGAGAGGAAUGCCUCUCUUUGAAUGACGUAGGGGGCGUGGUUUGUCCGCUAGCGAGCUGCUUUGAUUGGCGGAGUGGGGAACCCUUGUAUUUGCAUAAGGCGUUCGGAGCGCGCGCUGAUUGGCUCCUCGGGAUUGGCUGCGGCUACUCUGCCCCGCGGCUAAUGCGCGACACGGCGGCUGGUGCGGACGGGGAUUAAUGUUUACGUAAGGCGGAUUAAAGGAUGGAGCGGCCGUGGGAAGGGUAGCCGAGGAGGCACAGACCGGGAUGGGGGCCAGCAACAGCCAUGGAGAAAGGCAAGGCGAGGAAGAAGAGGAAGAAGAGGAGGAGGAGGAGGAAGAAGAAGAAGAGAGGAAAGGAGGAGAAGUCCCCGCCAUUCUAAAGGGCCGCAAUGAGACCAACUUCUUGCCGGACGCCUCUUGGGUCCGAGGCUGGAAGGCCCUCCUUUCCAAUGUUGGAGGGGCGCUUUUGGGCUUGGAAAAAGCUUUGGGUCCCCGGAACCCCUUCAAAGUGGGCCAAGGGGUCCCGGCGGAGGCCAUCAGUUGCCGGGCGGAAAAGAAGGAGGCGGCAACAGCAGCAGAUCGGGGCCUGCCCCAGUGCGUCUCCCUUUUCCUCCCCGAAUUUCCCCUCCGGCCGCCGGUGGGGCAGCGCCAGCUCAAGAUUUUGGGUUUCGUAGCCAAAGGGUCGUUUGGGACGGUACUGAAGGUCCUGGACUGCGGUCAAGGGCAGGUCUUUGCGGUCAAGGUCGUCCCAAAAGUGGAGGUUUUGCGCCGGGACACACUGAAGCAGUGCAAAGAAGAGGUCAGCAUCCAGAGGCAGGUCCGGCACCCCUUUGUCCACUGCGUGGGAGACACGUGGCAAGGCCAGCGCCACCUCUUCAUCCUGUGUUCCUAUUGCAGCAUCGGAGACCUUUACUCCCUUUGGAAGUCGGUGGGCCGCUUUGCUGAAGCCGUCCUGCGCCUCUUCGCCACGGAGCUGGUCCUGGUGCUAGCUUAUCUCCAUAACUUGGGCAUCGUCCAUCGGGAUGUCAAGAUGGAAAACAUACUCCUGGAUGAACAAGGGCAUCUGAAGCUGACUGAUUUUGGCCUUUCGCGCCAUUUGGCUUGUGGCGAACGGGCCUAUACCAUUUGCGGGACCCUCCAAUAUAUGGCCCCGGAAGUCCUGAGUGGCGGUCCAUACGCCCAUCCAGCCGACUGGUGGUCCAUGGGGAUCCUGCUGUUUGCACUGGCAACUGGGAAGUUCCCAGUUCCUCCAGAGAAGGACCACAUCUCCAUGCUGGAAAGUGUGAAAAGCUGCAGCUACGUCAUCCCUUCCUCUCUCGGCCUCGGGCUGCGCCUUCUCCUCAGCGAGCUCCUGUGCCCGGAUCCGCAGCGGCGCCUGCGCUACCUGCACCACUUCCGCGGCCACCUCUUCUUCCGCGGCAUGACCUUCGACGCCGAGAUCCUCCGCAAGCAGCCGGUGGACUUUGUCCUGGGUCUCCAAAGGGCCGCCGAGACCCCCAUGGACUCUGCCGCCUUCUCCGACUUCGACCUGGACCUGGCCAGCACCUCCGGACAGCCCUGCCCCGGGUGACGGCCACCAACCUUGACCUCUUCCUCCACACUCUCUCCCACCCACCCACCCCCCAACAAAUGCCAUGCAUCACUGUGAACCUCCUGCGCCGAUCAAACCCUCAGGACGCCGCACCAGGCCUCUCAGGAACUGGGAUCUCAGGGACAUACUGGGCACAACUGGGAGAGGGUCGCUGUUUGACCCCUCCGCUAUGCAAGUAACAUGGGGAGGUCCCCCAAAUCCAGGAUUUCCAUUUCCCGUCUUGUCUCCCUUUCCUCCUCUCUUCCUUUUUCUCUACUAUGCAAAAUGCAGGACGGACUCUCUCUUUCCCCCGUCGAGUCUCUUCCUCAUCCUUUUUUGCUCCUCACACGUCAUUCCUUUUUAUGCUUUCCGUUACAAAACAACAAUGGAAAAGAUCAAUAAAUCUUUGCGAUUGUUUUCCUUGGA